ACAAGUCUGGAAAAGAGCAGCUGCGACGGGGAUGGCAGGGCUGAUCCAUGAAUUCCUUCUCAAGACGUUGGUACAAUAAGCAAGCACACGACGUCCGAGUAUACUUUAUUAACGCUACUCUACCUCACUUCACUUCACUCAUCCAACUCUGAAGUCACCCGACCUCACUCCUUGACAACCCUCACUCCGCGGAACACAAUCUAGCCAUAAACAAAGCUCGCGCUAUGGAGAAGCUAAUCCUCCGUAGCAUCAUGUGGGGCGCCGACAAGAUUCCUGACACCUGGUUCGAAAAGGUGCCCGGCGGUUACUACAAAGCAAAAGAAGAGGCCGAAGCAAAGGCCAAGAAGGCCGAAGGCAAGCCCGCCUCGUCUGGGAGUGGCGGUGGCGACGAAGAACGUAGCCGACGCCAUAGCAUGGGUGACACGAGCCGUAGACCGUCCCGUAUAGACACUCGUGAUGAAGGCUACCGAUCUGACGGCCCCCGCCGUCGCCGUCAGCGAGACAAUCAACGAGAUUCGUAUGAUGGGCCGGAUGAUGACUACUACAGCGGAGAUGAUAGGCAUCGUCGCCGAAACCACGGGAGCUACCGGCCAGGGCGCACUUACGAUGACGACCAACGGUAUGGCCACGAAGAUGAAUAUGGUAGGCCAUCGCGCUAUGACCGGCAGAAAGACCGACGCACGAACGGCACUGCGCAAUCUCAGCAGCCUACACCGGAUCGUCUUGCUGCACCGCUAGGUGCCGCUACAGCAGGUGCAUACUUUGGUACGGCAGGUACGCAGGCAACGCCUUAUCCGCAGAGCAAUCUUGCUUCUCUGCAGGCGCACUAUUCGCAGCCUGCGGCCAACGGCACGACCAGCGUAGCAAACGGCUACGUACCUUACGCCGAUAUCUAUGGUCAUCCAGCUUCGUCUACUCGCAGCAGUGUGCUUUCGCCUCCACCGCAGUCGAAUAACGGCUCGGUAAAGCCGAACGAGACCAACCGUCUCGGACAUCCUGUCGCGCCACAGACGUACUAUCAGAACCCGUAUGCACAGGAUGGAGCCACUUCUGCUACUGCCAGCGCGGGUGCAGCUUACAGUGGUCAUGCCAACCACACCACCGCACGUUACGAGGACGAUUACAACAGUUCACAAUAUGACCAUCAUGACGACGAUCGAUAUUUAGGGUAUGAUGACACUGGUCGACCCUACUCCCUGUCUCCAAAUCCCCACGGUCGUUCGAAACGCAAUUACUCACCUUCUUUCGAUAGCUACAAUUCCCGUGACCACGCGUCUCGCCGAGCACGGAGUGCACGCCAUCGUGCAGAAGAUGAGCCCAUACGAUCGAAAUCUCAAGGUGGUCGUGGUAAGUCUGGACUGCGUGAGGCCUUCGACACUUCACAGCGAGGUCUUGGUUAUGGCGCGUUCGGCGCAAUCGCAGGCGGGUUGUUUGCCAGCGAGUUUGCAGAAGGACCAAUUCCAAUAGCGAUAGGAGCUACUGUCGGUGCGCUCGGUGCUAACGCCUAUGAAGCUAGAGAACGGUACGUUCCACCCGGCUACGACCUCUCGGGCGGCAUUCGAAGUCCGCCGCCUCCAACAGGCGAUCCGCGCAAGCCAUUUAACACGCGAUUUGGUGCGGACGGCAUGCCGCCGCCGUCAAGGUAAGCCUCAACGUUUGCCUUACGGCUUGGCUGGCAAUUUUACCAUGCGGUGCUCUUAUGCCUAAGAGCUCAGUGGCGCGUAAAGCUGACAACGCUCGUAGGCGCCAAGAUGAUAGACGGGACGCCCACUAUGCGGGGGAUUGUACAUACGGGAGCCGUCGCGAUGGUCACUACUCAGACUAGCAGCCUGGGCAACGUAUGACUGCUGGACAUCUCACCGAUGAGGAGUUGUGGCGACAGAAGGCUCGCGAGAGGCUU